AUGACGGCCGCUCAGGCGGGCAUCUCUCACAUCACCAACCCUGACACAACAACCGACAACACCCCCACCUCCUCUGACUCCAGCGAUGAGGAUCAGGGCGACACCUGCCCUCACUACGACCGCACCUUCACCUCACACAUCGUCCUGGUCGGUCAUUUGCGAAUCUAUCGCACAGAGACUGAUGAACCAGUAUCUGGAGCACCAACCUACAGCGACCGCACUCGCUUCCAGUGCCCACGCUGCCCUCGCACCUUCACGCAUCGCAUGCACCUAUUCGGCCACAUGCGCAUCCACGAGAGCGGGAUUGACCACAAUUCUAACACACCCACCACACCCAACACAUCCACCAUGCCAAGCCCCACCCUCGCUCCAUCGCCCUGCGCGCCCAUCACCAUCACCACCACCACCACCACCACUGCUUCAACCGCGGCUGACACCGACAACGCCGACUUCUCGUGCCCACUCAGCCCACGCACGUUCACUUCACGCAUCGGCCUGGUCGGUCACUUGCGAACCCAUCGCACAGAGACUGGCGAACCAGUGCCUGGAGAACCAACCGAUACCCACCAAGCUCGUCUCAACUGCCCACACUGUCCUCGCACUUUAAGGCAUCGCAUGGACCUAUUCGGUCACAUGCGCAUCCACGACGACCUGCGGUAG